AUGAUCUCAUCAACUGUUCCACGUAUACGUGUCGAUUGCACAGAUCUAUUUCCUUGCGGAACUAUGAUCGCAAAACAGAUUCAUCGUGAUAUCAGUGAAGAAGACGAUUUGAAUCAAGUUUACCUGCGUUUUCAAGAAACUGACGAUCAAAAACGCAUAUUUAGUGAAUGGAAUAAUUGUUUACGGAAAACUGAUGCCAAAGAAGAGAUUAGUGCUGUAUUCGAUCAGUUUAAAAAGUUAUGGCAUACAAGAAAAUAUGGAUCACGCUUUUUUGACAUACACGGCCGAGAAUUUCAGAAUUUUGCCGUGAAUCUUACAAAUCAUAUGGAACAAUCAGAGUGGCGUAAAUUGAGCCGGUCCAACAGUCACGCCGAUCGUAGAGUUCUUCGUAGCCGAGUUUAUGCAAUCGGGUCACGCGAUGACAUUGGAUGGGAUGGCAAGUUCAUACAGAAUGCUGAUGAUAGAAAGAAAAAGAAAUUGGAGAUGAUCGAACACUUGCAUUCUCUUCAACUGUUUGAUUGGUUUGCUCCACGUGGUGAGCAUGUAUCAGAAUUAUCAGAAUAUCAUCAUGAUAUAGAUAUAGACAUAAAAAUUAUCAGACAAGGUACACAAGAGACAGUUCAAGCAUUAUGGCAAAGUAUGGGAAAUGAGCCGAAAUUGAUUGCGUGGGUCAAUUUCGCCGCUAGUCACAAUGUUUGUGGUUCUUAUAGUGUUGAUUAUGGUGGAUCGCAGGAAGAAGAAGUUGCAACUAACUGUGACGGAGCUGUAUUGCUGGGCACGAUGGGUCAAUUCGUUGACACCGGAUUAAAAUCAUGGAUACGAGGAAGAUGGGUAUAUUAUAAGAUGGGAAUGCAUAUACCGCCAGGUGGAAAUUACUGGUCAAUGACAAAGUUCGUGACAGGGCCAUUUCAUGUCGAUUGCUCCAUGAUUGCCACAGCUUUCGCUGAUUUUCGUCCAUACAUACCCGUAUUUUGUCCAUAUUCUGAACGUAACUAUUUCUAUUCAUUGAUAGGAAUCAAUAGUGUGAAAAAUCAAGAAGAGUUGGAGAGAAGAUGUAUGCUCGACAUUGAAGGCGUACUUAAAACGUGUUUGGCAAAACAAGUACACACGUUAGUUACUGGUGCUAGUGGAUGUGGGGCAUUUCGUCACAAUCCAUACGUCGAAGCAAAGCUUUGGAGAAUAUGUUUAGAAAAGCAAGAGUACCGGUGUGGAUCCUUGCGCAAAGUCGUUUUUGCUAUAUUAGAUAAUGAAAGCAGCAAUAACUGGAUAGCAUUUUCCGACGAAUUCGGUCCAUCUGUCAAUAAUUUUAAUUAA